CAACAAUUUCCUAAUUAUUUUUUCUUGGUUUUAAGUAUCUUUGUUGGAUUCUCUACCCAUCACUUCAUUCUCUUUCCUUUCUAUUCUUUCUUCUCCAACUUUUUCCCUUUUCACUCCCAAAAUUUGCAGAUAAUGCAAGAUCAACAACCAUUACCAACUCAUGAACCUCCCAUGAUUUCCCAUCAGACCGAAACCGGGCUAAACAAAGAAGUUGCAUAUAGUGGAGCCGGCGGGAAGCGUCCAGAUAUUUCACUUCAAGUUCCACCUAGACCUUUAGGGUUUGGUAGCAGUAGCACGCGUGGGCGGGUUCUGGACCAUUCUCAAAGUUUCUCUAAAGUGAUAUCAUCACCGAAAGAUUUUUUGCGAGCUUUGAGCUUCAAAAAAAAAGAAAAUGUAGUAGAUGGUGAAUCAAGCAGUCUCCUUAAUUCAGACCCUAAGACAGCUGCAGACAGUACUAGAAUGGCCUCCAUAUCGGAAAUUUCAUGGUCAAGAUGUACUUCUCUUCCUGUUACACAUGCGCCUAAUCUGUCCCCUAUAGUUGCUACGCCUGUGUCUGCGAGGACAUAUAAUGAACAACGGAUUAAGCCACAUAAAGAUGUUAAAUCUAAGGUUUCAAGGUCCCUUACAAUACCUGCACGAAAUGUUGUGAUUGUUAGAUCUGUCUCUUUUGUCACCCGCAAUGAACAAGAACAACAAGAUACAAGUGACGAUCAAAUAACUCCUGCGCCAGUAGAAGUUACUGCCGAUGAAGAAAUUCCCGAAGAGGAAGCAGUGUGCAGGAUAUGUCUUGACACGUGCGAUGAAGGAAACACCUUUAAAAUGGAAUGCAGUUGCAAAGGUGGUCUAGCUUUGGUGCAUGAGGAAUGUUUAAUCAAAUGGUUCAGCACAAAAGGAAACAAGAAAUGUGAUGUAUGCUUGGAAGAGGUUCAGAAUUUACCUGUAACCUUGCUCCGCAUGUCCAGCUCUGUUCAACAAAGAAACAGACAGUUGCAGGAUCGCCAAAACUUCAAUUCAGAAACACUAAGUGCUUGGCAAGACUUCGUGGUACUUGUCCUGAUAAGCACAAUAUGCUAUUUUUUCUUCCUUGAACAACUACUGCUUCCUGAUUUGAAGACUCAAGCUAUCAUUUUAUCGGCACCGUUUUCCUUUACAUUGGGCCUCUUAGCAUCUGUUUUCGCAAUCGUCCUUGCGAUCAAAGAGUAUAUAUGGACAUACGCCGCUCUUGAGUUUGCACUUGUGGCUUUAAUUGUGCAUCUGUUUUAUACAUAUUUGCAUUUGGCGGCCAUUUAUUCGAUACUACUUUCAUCGAUUUUGGGUUUUGGAGUUGCUAUGGGAAUCAACUUUAUGUAUAUCCAGUAUGUGACGUGGAGACUUCAGGUCUCUACUAAUGAUGUUCCCGUGUAAAUCUCCUCGGAAAGAAAACAUCUUCGCGGAUUAUCUUUGUACCUACUAUCGAAGUGUCUCGUACGAACCGGUUUUAGACUCGCGCAAUGCACAGUGAUGUUCGACUGUUAUGAACUUAGUGCAACAUAAAGUGUCAAAAUGAAUGUAAAGUUAGAGUAUUUGUGCAUAAAUAGCACCAAGACAGAAUCAACAUGUUAUCAAAAAGCAAAGUUAGAGAUAGUUACUUUUUUGCAAAAAUAAAGUUGGUUUAAACUUAAGUUUUCAAA